AUGCGCAAUCGUUUCAAACAAGCUGAAACUGAAACGGAUGAAUUUAUGGGAAAUUCCAUAAACGCAUAUAGACUGAUCAGGACAGUCGUACAGGAUUGGCCCAAUUGGCUGCAUUACGUGGAAGAGGAGGUGGGCUUAAAGGAAAUUGAAAGUCUGAAAUCUGUGCAGCUUGCCUUACCCACGUCAAACGACUUAAAACUGGCUGACGUUGGCCUAAGCCAAAUUGCUGACACAUACAAUUUAAUGCCAGAAGAUAUAGCAUCUGGACUAUUACUAGGCAAGCAGCAUGCAGCAUGCCUUGGUGCCCAAGAGUGCUGGAGUCUAGGCUUACACUAUUUCAACUCGAAAAGCUAUGAAGCUGCUGAGGAUUGCACUGUAUCUGCUUAUGCCAAGUUAGCGCCGUUUAAGAUGGAGCAACUCAGUCUGGAGCCAUAUAUAGCGCCUUAUCAUGGCUUUGCAACUAGACGUGAGAUGGACUUGCUUAAAGCCUUAGCUAAAGCUGAAUUGACACCAGCCAAAAUAUAUGAUGGAAAAAAGCUGUAUAUUGAUAAAGAACGUACCGCUACUUUAUCUUGGUUAACACAUAAGCAUGAUCUAGUGUUGCAAUUGUUUAAGCGCUUGGAGCUCAUAACUGGCAUCUGUCAAUAUGGAGGGCCACUGCAAGUUAGCAAUUAUGGCAUUGGCGGUUACUUUCAUGAGCAUCUAGACUUCUUUGAUGAGCUCAAUGACGUUGAUCAAGGAGGUGCUACAGUUUUUCCAAAAUUAAAUUUGACCGUACAACCGGAGUCAGUGUUCUGGCUUUCAUUUCACAAGAAAACUCAAGUCAACAUGUUUAGCUGCUGGUACCUGUUGCUAAUUGUGGCAUCUGUUAACUGCAAAGGCAAUAAAAUUAAAGACUUGAAAGUUAUAAAUGAAAAGAUAGUUGAGCAUAUAACAAGCUAUGCCGAUGAGUUGCAGCAAAAAUGUGAUGCCAUCAAUGAUGCAUUGGAUGAGUACAGCGAAGAGAUAAAAGCGGUGGAUGGCAAUGCCGAACAAUUCUUAUCGAAUCCUUUAUACGGCUUUAAGCUAAUACGUCAAAUGCACAAGGACGUGCCAGCUUGGCUGGAGUAUCUGGAAGCCCCAGUUGGCGACAAACAUUUGAUUGCGCUACAGGAACUUAUGGAAGACGUAAACCUUAAUAGUGUUUUCAAAUUGGCAUCAAAAGAAAUAUAUGCCAUUUUCAAAUUCUACAACUUUAAACCCAACGACUAUUUGCCGCCUAGAUAUGAAUUGAGGCUUUCAGCUGCGGAUUGCUACUAUGUGGGUGUGCAGCUAUACGAGGCCGAAGCAUACCACGAUGCAGCCGAAUGGCUUAUGGCGGCGGCUUCGGAAUACAGCUCAAUUCCUGCCAGAGAAAUGUUGACCGUGCCAGCUUGGCGCGUACUCGAAAUGCAGUCGAAAGUAUUCAUCCAUCUAAAUAAGUGGGAGGAAGCCAAGGCAGCGAUUGAUCUGGCUAUUGAUCAAUCUCCAAUGACCAUGGCUCUUUUUCUACAGCGCGAUCAGUUGGCUGUGCAUCCGAAUAGAAGAAAUAAAAAGCCUGUUCCAGCGCCGGCUUACAAACCCACCAAUCUGCAAUUACAGUGUCAAGGCCACUUAAAGCCUAAUCAAGAAUUGAUCUGUGAGAACAUGAAGUCAUCGACAUCCUUCCUGGAGUUAGCGCCCUUACGUUUAGAGGAAAUACUGAUGAGUCCAUAUGUGUUACUCUAUCAUGAUGUUAUAUAUGAGGAUGAGAUUGAGGACAUUAGGGUCGCCUUUGUCUUAUGCAAGGACAAGUUAGAUUUACCCGAGGGCAUGCGUGGAUGUCUCAUUCCGGAUAACCAUAGUGCGUCAACUAAGAAAGUAGCAGUGCGGACAUUGGACAUGACUGGACUCGACACGCAUGUUCCCGGUCUAUAUGUCAUAGAGUAUGGUCCACGUGAACUAUUCAAGAUAAUUGAAACCUUAAAGGCUAAGGAUAUGGCUAAAGAUGUAGAGGCUUCGGUUAUUAUAUUUAUGAAUGACGUUGCCGCGGGUGGUGCCUAUACAAAUAGUGAAGGUGAUUUCUCUGUCAUACCGCAUCGAGGCGAUGCUUUGGUCACAUUUAACGAAGGUGACUUUGAACAGUAUGUGUGCCCCAACUUAUUGGGCACAGGCUUUGACAACUUUGUAUUUGCUUUUCUAUUAUUCACUCGAAAAAUGUUUUCGUUAAGAGUCUUCUGUUAUGCUUUUAUCGUGGUCAUCAGUUUGUUUACAUUUACUAAUACAGUGGAUAAGGAUUAUUUAGGGUCUAUGAGCGAAAGGCUCUUAUUACAUAAGACCAAUAAAUUAAUAGUGCAGAGUCUCAAGCUCUAUGCGGACGUUUUGAAGCUGAAAAUUUAUACAUUAAAAAUACAUGCUAAAUAUUUAAAGAAUUUAACAAUGGAAAAUAAACUAUACUCGAAUCCAACAAAGCGUUACUCCUUAUUACGUUACAUGUUUUCCGGAUGCGUUCAGGCGGAAAAGUUGAUGGCACAAAAAGACGGUGAAGUUCAAAUUAGGAAUGUGAAAAAAAUGCUGCCAUUCUUGCCAAAAAAUGGAGAUGUUCAAGAAGCUGUAUCGGCAAUAUAUCGAAUUCAGCAGAUGUAUGCACUUGAACCAAUGGAUAUGGCUAGAGGUCUGCUAGAUGGACAACAAUAUAAGGCUACACUUACGCCGUUAGAUUGCUUUGAAAUGGGCAUGUUCUAUGUAAAUGCAAAGUUUUAUGAAAAUGCAAUUAAUUGGCUGACAACGGCUCAGUCACUAAUGAAGCCACGACAUAGGUCCAAUUUAUAUGCUCGACUGGGCUUGUCAAGCACCAAUUUUGCUCUCUUUUUGGCUAAAGCAUACAGGCAAGAUAACAUUGAACAAGCUCGAGCUGUGCUUGAGAACGAGCCUAGCUUACGUGGCGAAGUCGAUAAACUAUUGUAUGAGUUUGGUAAGGAAGAUGCCGAAGUUGAAAAUGAUUAUGAGCAAAAAUCGUUAGAGUUCGAGUUUGAAUAUGGAAAGUUUUGUCGGUCCUCCUAUAAGAUGAAGUUAAAGCGUUUGAGUUGCUUUUAUAAAAGCAAGUCAGCGCCAUUUUUGCAGCUGGCACCUUUUAAAGUGGAACAAUUAUCAUUGGAUCCCUAUAUAGUAGUCUACCAUGAUGUCAUCUACGAGUCAGAGAUAUUGCAGCUCCAAAGCAUGACGAAGUCGCAGCUAAUGGGUACAACCGUAAAAAUUGAAACUGGCAACUUACAAAGUUCCCAACAUCGCACUUCAAGGGGUGCCUGGCUGCCACAUGAUGACUCGAGUGAUGCGGAUCUUGAACUGAUUGAUCGCAUACAGCUGCGCACUGAGCACAUGACGGAGCUACUUUUGGAAAGCAACAUGAAUCUAAACAUGCAAUUUUUGCAUUAUGGCUUCGGUGGACACUAUACCCUACAUCAUGAUUUUUUAAACCUUACCCUCAAGAGUCUCGUAUUUGAUGACCGCUAUGCCACUCUGUUGUUCUACCUUAACGAUGUUCCACAAGGCGGUGCUACUAUCUUUUAUGAUCUGGAACUGGUAGUUAAACCAGAACGCGGCAAGGCACUGUAUUGGCUUAGCGUGGUGCCCGAGACUUAUGAUUUUGAAAAGCGGAAUCUGCAUGCCGCGUGUCCUGUGCUCUUUGGUCAGAAGCUUGCCUACAUAUAUCACGAUGUUCUUUACGAGAGCGAGAUGUUACGCUUGGAGCAAAUAAGCGAGUAUUCACUGGACCGGACAGAAGUAGAUGAUGUAAGCGAGAAGACAAUUUCCCCCUUUCGCACCGCUAGUGGACGAUGGUUAUCACGUUAUGAUAGCGAUUAUGUGGAUCCCUUCCUCUUUCUCCGCUUGCAACAACGCGUUGUGGACAUGACUGGUCUUAGGUUGGAUAGUGAAAUAAAUGAAUCCAUGCAAUUACUACGAUAUGGCUUUGGUGGCCAUUAUGACUUACAUAGCGAUGCUAACAAUGAGGAAAACGCCGAAAACAUGAAAGGCUUUGAAAAAACAUAUUUUGACGAUCGCAUUGCAACCGUUCUUUUUUAUGUAAAUGAUGUGGAAAAAGGUGGCGUCACGGCCUUUCCUUAUCUAAACAUUGCGGUCAAGCCUCGACGUGGUAAGGCAUUAAUAUGGAAUAGUCUGGAUCCAUUUAGCUUUGAUUAUGAUCAUCGCACAUUCCAUGCAGCAUGUCCAGUGCUAUUUCCUUCGUUGCGUAAUUUUUUGUUCUAUUUGGCUCUAGUCUUGGCAUUGGUUCUUAGUCAACAACAUUAUGCCGAACCAAAAAAUUAUAUUGCAUCUAUGAACGAUAAGCUUUCGCUGCUGCAACUCAGAAAGCAAUUUGUGGACUAUCUAAGGUAUUAUGCUUUUAAAUUACAACAAGCGAUUAAAGAGCUAAGCAAUUCUGUUCAACAUAUACAGAGUGUUUUAAAAAGAAAAACUACUGUAAAUGUCAACUUUGAUAUGCUACGUUCAGUGCUACAUCCUGCUGGUUUGGUACAAAUAGAUGCUAUCAAAAGAAUGCUGCCCCAAUUGCCUAAUAGACAAGAUUUUGAAGAAGUAAGGACCGCCAUUUUUCGCAUACAAUUUAUUUACGGUUUGAAUUCAACAAAUUUGGCAGCUGGUUGGAUUGAAGAUGAACACUAUAACAUUACCUUGACCCCUACGGACUGCUAUGAGAUGGCUGCAUUCUAUUUGGAAACUAGAAUGUUUAGCCACGCCUACAAAUGGACACAGACUGCGAUACAAUUGAAUAACAAUUCUAACCGAGGUUUGGAUAAUCCAAUUGGCAUAACUAACGCCAAUAUAAGCUCAUUGAUGGCUUGGUCUCUUACCAGAUUAGGUAAACGUAAACUGGCUCGGGAAGUGCUGGAAAAUGUACCAGAAUUUAGCGGUAAAGUUGACCAGAUGCUAACUGAUUUUAGGUCAACCCUUCCCAAAGGUAUGGCGCAUAAGGACGCAGUGCAAAUGGAGGGCGCAUACGCUAAGCACUGUCGUUCCUCUUUUGAAAACCCUCCCACACGUCUAACUUGCUUUUAUAAUGGCAAUGAAACUGUAUUUGGACGCAUUGCACCCUUUAAAGUGGAACAGAUAUCUGGACAUCCGCAACCUUUUGCCUACAUAUAUCACGAUGCUCUUUACGAGAACGAGAUGUUACGCUUGAAGGAAAUAAGCGAGAACCGGAGAGAAAUGGAUGAUAUAAACGAUAAGAUAAUCGCACCUUAUCGCACCGCUAGGGGACGAUGGUUAUACAGUUAUGAUCGCGAUGAAUCGGAUUAUAAGUUUAUUCUUCAAAUGCAACAACGCAUUAUGGACAUGACUGGCUUAAGGUUGGAUAGUAAAAUAAAUAAUGCUAUGCAAUUGCUAAGGUAUGGCUUUGGUGGCCAUUAUGACUUACAUAGCGAUGCUAAAACUGAGAAAAAUCCCAUUUUUAACGAUCGUAUUGCAACCGUUCUUUUUUAUGUAAAUGAUGUGGAAAAGGGAGGCGCCACGGCCUUUCCCUAUAUGAACAUUGCUGUCAAGCCUCAACGUGGUAAGGCCUUAGUAUGGUAUAAUCUGAAUCCAUUUAGCUUUGAUUAUGAUCAUCGCACAUUGCAUGCAGCUUGCCCAGUGGUAGUUGGCCAUAAGCUGGCUUUAACGCAAUGGAUACAUGAACGUGAUCAGAUGUUUACACUUCCUUGUUACUAUGCUCCAAAAGAAAGAAAAUAUGCUUACAAUACGAGUAUCUUUUCAAAAAUGAUGCUGCAAAAACUACAACAGAAGUGA